GGGGUGGGGGGAGGGCUGUCCCAGCACCGGCCUGGCCCUCAUGCCCAUCUCUCACUUCUUCCUCUCUUCCCCGUAGGACACCCCCAGUUGCCGGGAUGACCUGCUAAGUGAAUACUUCAGAAAGGCCAGUGAUCUCCCGGCCACUGGAGGCCAGCCAGGACCACCUACCAGGAAAGAAGGGGCCAAGAUGCCCACCAGCUUCGUGGCCCCUACCAUCAAGAUGGCCGUCAACACCUCUGAGGGGAAGCUGCUGAAGCCCGGGCAGUAUGUGAAACCAAACUUCAGACCCGCUGAGGCCGAGGCUCUGCCCAGUGCCCCCCCGAGACAGGUCCAGCCUCCCCAGAGCCUGUCUCUGGGCAGAACCCGGCAGGCCGCGAUGCCCCCGACGUCCCACACGCCUGCCAGCCGGAGCGCGUCCCUGAGCCGGGCCUUCAGCCUCGCCUCCGCCGACCUUCUCCGGGCCAGUGGGCCAGAGGCUUGCAAACAGGAAGCCCCUCAGAAGCUGGGGGGUCCUGACAGCUCAGGGGGCAGAGAAACGGGCAGCCAUGUCCUGCAAAGCCCCACACCCCCCAGCUCCCACAGCCUGGCCCGGGAGCGGACCCCACUUGUGGGAAAGACCGGCGGCUCUGGUCAGGGCCCAGCCCCCCGAAGCCGGCCCCCGGACAUGAGGCGCUUCUCACUGGCUCCCCCAAAGGAGGAGAGACUGGCCCCCCUGCAGCAGUCCGCCACGGCCCCAGCCAUCGCCACUGGGGGUGGCGGUCCCUGCAGCAGCAGCAGCAGCUCCCAGACCCAGCACUUCCCAGCGGCCGCAGCGCCGGCCACCAGGACCAAACCCCAGACGCCCCCGCACGCGGCAGAGGUGGCCACCAUUGCCCCUGUCCGGGGGCCGCUCAGCCUCUCAGAGGGUGAUGGGGUCCCACGGCAAGGCCACAGUGAGGGGCUCCCUGCCAAGAGCCCGGGUAGGUCUCCUGACUUGGCUCCCCACACGAGCCGGGCCCCUGAGGACUUCAGCCGCGGAAGUAGCUUGAAGAGCACGCCCGCGUGCCCCGAGCCUGGUGGGGACCAGCAGACGGUGUGGUAUGAGUACGGCUGCGUGUGACUCAUCUGGCCCGGCAGCUCCUGGGCCUUCAAACUACUGACUCACCUUCUAAUUAUGAUGGCCUUUUCUUCCGUCUGCCUGUGGUGCCGGGGAAGGGUUUUAGAAUGCGGACAGGGGUUCCUGGGCAUCUCUCCUGCUUGUUUUGUUCAUGGAAACACUGUGCCAAGCCCUAAGAGGAUUACACUCGUGUGUGUGUGUGUGUGUGCGCGCGUGUGCGUGUGCUGUAUCUGUAGCCUCCAGCAACUGCUAUCUUUUGAACAAAUCCACUUGAGCGUGGGGACACUCAGAGUACAGCGACGAAACUGAUCACAGAGUAGACACUAUUUGAGCGUGUUCCGGCAGAACACUCGUUUGCAACUUGUCGACCUCUCUUAAAGCACGCGUGUGUGUAUGUGCAUGUGUGCAAACACACAGGUUCACAUGGCCAAGCCCUCGUGGCUCUGGAAACUCCCUGCCCUCUUCCUAAAAGCCAUUUGAGCCUAGGAGAAGUCCAGACUGGCCAAACUACAAAGAACUUGCGGACCUUGGGGAGACCCCAGAAUGAGGAUUGCUGCUGAAAACCGGGAGUGUGGCCACGCCAUUCUUGGGGGUCCCAGGCAAUUCCCUUUUACUCCAGGGCCAAGGUCCCCUUCCAGGCUGGUGGCAGGUGGCCUCGGGCUUUGGCCACCCGCCUGCCGCCGGCUCCUGGAUUCUGCACGGUGGGCUCUGGGGGCCCCACAGAGACUUGCCUUCCCUGGCUCGCUCUUCUCCGAACACUGGAUCUGCUGGGGCUGGGGGCCGGGGCAGAGAGAAGCACCCGCCUCAGCCCCCUUGCAGCAAGCGUAUCGUGUACAGAGGGGAAGUGUGUGCGGGAGCGGGGUGCACGCCUGCCUAGUAACGUGGCUGCAACCUCUGCCCUUCCCCAAUCUCAGAUGAGAGAUUGAUUAUUUCUGAAUAACUUCUUGGGGUAGAAACCAAAUUUCUUUUAAUAUAUUACAUAUAUAUGUACACACUCCUGUGAAAUAUAUGUACUUUGAGGGGGAUCUAUUUAUGUUCCAUUGGGAGUCUCUCUUUUCUCUCAGGAAUCUUACCUGCUGCUUUGUGUAUUUGGUCAGAUUCCUGACAAACGUUUUGUUUUCUGUUUAGUAAAGGUGCUCUUUCUGGGAUGUACUAAACCUGGUGAUUUUUUUUUCUUUUGAUUUAAUAUACUGAGAAAGAAAUGGGACUGUUAACAAGAUCAGUUGUAGGAGUGCUUUGGGUUGUGUGUUAAGUAGCCAUUCAUUCUGGAACACGAGGACAGGAUGGUAAUAAAAUGAAA